GGACAGGCUGGGCUCCGCGUGGCCGCUCCACGUGAGCCGUGGUGGAGCUUUUGUACAAUACACCGGGAGGGAGGAAACUUGCUGUGGGGGGGGGAGACACACGCACGCUCACGUUUUCUCGGCCUUGCUAUUAAGGAGGGAUAUUGAAAUGAAAACAUUAUUAUUUGACCGGCAAGAUUAAAAUAUGUGUGCGUUUUACAACUAGUCGUACGUUAAACUUCCCCUUCCGCUCGUUCAAACUGCUAACAUUUAGCUAACGUUAGCGCCAAGGUUAAUUCCCCAUUCGUGUUGUUGACGCCGCGGAGUAAACAAGAACAAGUGACAGCAGACGUCUCUCCUCGAGGUGUGGCACGAGAGUGGGCGUAGCUCAUAAAUAAUGGCACAAGCUCCGGUGGGGGGUGAGCGAAGAGUUCUGGCCAACCCUCUCCGGGCUUAUUCGGCGGCGUUUGACGUCACGUGAGCCGCCCGUGUCCGUUCCAUCUGAGCUCGACGACGGCUUCACACACUACACACCACACACAGCCGUGCCCGUGACUUGGAGCCGCCGGAUGCAAAUGAGAAAGUACAGACAGAAGGAGGAAACGACCCCCCCGCCGCCCUCCCACCGCCGCUCGGGUACCUCCUCCCACUUCCACGCGACGGACAAGUGAGCGCGAGCCCACAGAAGACAAACAUCAAGUUGUCAUUUCAACGACAACAUCGACACUCUGGCGUCGAUUUCGCUCUUUUUUUUUGUUUGUUUCCAAAAUCGGUCCGUACUUUCUUUUUGAGGACUUUUCACCAGAUCCGUUGCUCCAUUUUUGAAACGACUGGAUAUAAUUUUCCAUUAUUUUUUAGGGGUUGCAAUUUCUCGCAUUGCACUGUUCUGACCCCCCCCCACCCCCCUACACUAGUACAUUUUGGUGAGCUUUUCCACUCAGCUGAUCCUCCCACACUGCACUGAGAAUAACGAUUUGGAUCCCCCCCACCCCACCGGAGGAGUGAAAUGGAAUACUUCGAGGCAAACAGCCGUGCAAGGAAAUAAAGGGAGCCUUCUGGUCCUCUCAUCAGGUGAUUAAAGUCAUCCAAACUCGUUUUUGUAGAUCCUGUGGUCACCUCUUCUCGCCCCUCCCAAGUACAUCCCCCUUCCCACCUCCCACCUUCACCUCACAGGUGUCUCUCCGUGCCUCCCCCCUCCCCACCCCCCACCCUCCUGCCGUCUGGCCCAGGAUGUCCAGGCAGCUCACCCAGCUCCCGACACCGGAAUUGCCCGCGGGCGCCAGCCCACAGUUCGGGACUUGCACACAGCCCGGGGGCUCCCUCACCGCGGGGCACCUCAACUCCAUGGUGGGACUCAAAUCCCUGCUGCAGCACCCCAUGAAGGGGGACCAGCGCCUGAGAAGCCCCUGUGAUCUCAAAGACAAAGAGCGAUCUAUGGACCUCGAUGAAGACUCUAUGGGCGUGUGCUCCAUGAGGAACACGUCUGGAAUAGGCAGCGGCAGUGCCGGCAACGGCUGCAAUGGCACAAGUACCGGUGGCAACGGAGGCGGCAAUUUCAACCAGUUCUUGGGCCCCCUCUUAUGGGAUCGCACCCUGCCGGCGGACGGGGGCCUGUUCCAGCUGCAGUACAUGGACUUGGAGGAGUUUCUGACUGAAAACGGAAUGGGCAGCAUGCACAGCAACAACAGCUCCAGUUCGGCCCAGAUCCCCUCGCAGAGCUCCCAGUCCGCAGUGCCCAACCAGAGCUCCCAGUGCCUACCGCCCCCAUCCCCGGCUGGCUCCUCGUCGUCGUCGCCCUCAUCUUCGUCCUCCCCGUCCCUGCUCGGUUUGGAGGUGGCGCAGCCUCAAAGCCUCACCGGAGGAAACGACUGUCUGCACGGGAGCCAGACGAGUAUGAACGAUUCCUGCGAGUCGCCAUCCUCCUCCUCUUCCUCGCCGUCGUCCUCCUCGUGCCCGCCCUUGCUGACGCCGACGGGCAGCGGGCCGGACGUGGUGGGAAUUUUCGACAUGGACCCGUCGGACAUCGUUUUGUCCAACGGGCCCGGGCAGCAGAACUUUGACCCCAGGCAGACCUUCAGCGAAGAGGAGCUCAAGCCGCAGCCCAUGGUGAAGAAGGCACGCAAGAUCCUGGUGCCCGAUAAUAUGAAGGACGAGAAGUAUUGGAGCAGAAGAUACAAGAACAACGAGGCGGCAAAGCGCUCUCGAGACGCGCGGCGCCUCAAGGAGAACCAGAUAUCGGUGCGGGCCGCCUACCUGGAGCGAGAGAAUGCCGCCCUGCGACAGGAAGUGGCAGAGAUGCGUAAGGAACUGGGUCGGUGCCGCAACAUCCUGAGCAAAUACGAGAACCGUCUGGCUGACCAGUGAUCGAGGAGGACGAGGAAGAGGAGUGAAAUAAGCUGGAUUCCUUUUUAAGACUUUGGAUUUUUAGGUUGACAGGUUGGAAAAGUCUGGAAUCAUGAUGAUGAUGAUGAUGAUGAUGAUGAUAAUGAUGAUGAUGAUGAAUGUAUCAGGAGGAGGAAGGAGUGCGUACCUACCGCAGCUCAGGUGUUUUUGUCGAGCUCUUUAAAAACGACGGACGGAGAGAAUAAUUUAACAGAUGUGACUUUUAAGGGUUUUGCUAUUGGAGAAUUGUAUAUUUUUAUAAUACUUCAGAAAACAUUUAGAAGGAGAGUAGAAAUUUGGAGAAUAAUUUUGUACAUUUUCUACGUGACUAGAGAUUGGGGGAACACUAUCUUUUUAUCGCAGACGAGUCCGGCGCAACGUGGGGGAGGGGCUCAGCCGUCGAAGGGUAUUUUCAGUUUUGCGACUCCUUUGUAAAUGUCGGGAUGCUGCGGCGAGGGCGAGGAACGUGUGUAACAAUUGUAAUAUAGAGAGCAAAAAUGAUCUUCACGUCGUAUAGUUCAACAUUUUUUUGUGGAUUUUACUUAUGCAUUGAAGCAACGCAAGCACUUAUGUUUUCUUUCGUUUACCCCUCCCGCCCCAUCCUCCCUAUUUGUGGGAGAGAGCAGCUGAGACGUUUUGUGCAUUUUUUUUUUUUUUUUUUU